AUGUCCUCACGUGCGAUCCGCAAGCUGCAAAAGCUGCAGGACCAAGAGUCGCAGCGAGCACAACAAGAAAGCCAUGACUCAAGCGAAGAUGAAUUCGUCGCAAGACCGACAAAACCGAAAUUGAACGCCUUUGAUCUUCUAAAUGCCGCGGAUGAAGGUGACGAUGAUGAACAGCAGUCAGAUAAUGAACCCGUUGAGGUAGUGGCCGAGCCGAUCCUGGAUGUAUCCCCCACAACAACGACGGAAUCCGGGAAGAAGAAAAAGAAAAAGGCAAAAAAUAAGAAGAAGAAGAAUGCACUGAAACAAAAGCAUGCAGAUGUCAAGUCAGAUGAUGAAUUGGAUGAGAUUGAUCGAGCGUUGGAAGAGCUAGCUGUCCAGUCGAACGGAGACAUAGCCGUCGGAACCCGACAACCCACAGUUGACGAUUCUUUCCCAAAAAAGCCCGAAGACCUUCUCUCUAUUGAGCCCAAGGCCCUCAAUGCGACGAAUGAGAUGCGAAAAUUGUUCGGCAAUGUUGUCUUGGAGAACUUUGAUACGGAUUCUAGCUCGGGUCGAAGGCGGGACAGGGCACGAGAAAUGGUAGACCUAGGCCGCGCCUUGACGGGUAGAUACAGCCCGGCAAGCCGUGGGCAGAGCUUAGGAGGAGUUACGCAGCGCCGUAACAUUUUGUUCCAAGGCAAAGACGAAUGGCCACGAGCUCCUAGUGGUGGUCUUGGGAUGGAAGUGGUAGAAUCACUUCCAAGCGGCGCUACCGUCUAUCGUGUCAUUCACAAUGCUGCCUAUCAAGAUGUUCAGAGGCAGUUUGAACUUUGCGUGGAGUCCAUGGAUCCGCAGAGAAUGAUUCAACUGCUACAGUAUAACCCCUAUCACAUCUCAACCCUCCUUCAAGUGUCGGAAAUCGCGAAGCAUCAAAGCGACUAUGCUGUAUCCGCUGACCUACUCGAACGAGCAUUAUUCAACUUUGGACAUUCUGCUCAUUCUUCUUUUGGAAAUCGGAUAAAAGAAGGAAGAGCUAGACUCGACUUUCUUCAUGCAGAAAAUCGCGAGCUGUGGCUCGUCGGGUGGAGGUAUAUUGCCAACUUAGGAAUGAAGGGAACCUGGAGGACUGCUUAUGAAUGGGCCAAGUUCCUUCUGAGCCUCAAUCUGAACGAUCCUUAUUGCAUAAGGCUCAUGAUUGAUAAUCUGGCGCUGCGUGGCAGAGAAUGGCUCCAUUUCAUCGAACUGUGUACGCAGACGAGACUAAGUACGGAGUGGAAAUAUCUCCCGAACAUUCAAUGCUCCCUGGCGCUGGCUUAUCUAAGGCUAAAUAAGCCUAAGGAGUGUAGGGAGCAGCUCCGCGUUGCAAUGGCUCGUUACCCAUGGGUGUUUUGCAAGAUCGCGCAGGAGCUGGAUAUCCAGCCAAUCCCGAAACGCAUUUGGGGUAAAUUACCGCCCACUGAUGGCCAUGAACUGUUCACCGAACUCUACAUAGUUCGUACCAAGGAUUUAUGGAAUACUCCAGAAGUGGUUUCCCUCAUCGUGGAAGUGGCAGAUACACUAGCGGAGAGGGAUGAGCCCAUUGAGCCACCGGAGAUCAGUCUUGAUAUUGCUCGUCAUGUGGUACUCUCGGAUAUACCUCGCGUUACGACGCAUCUGCCAACACGUUUUGUCUCUGGCCGGAUUUCCGCGUCGGAUCCGCUCCCACCAUACGAUUCAGAAGCAUUUCGACAGCAGUCUGACCCGACCCCGUCUUAUGUGCAACAGAUACCCGAGGCAGGGCGACCUCAGUGGCUUCGAAACCUAUUGGAUCAACUCAACAACGGCGCCAUUCACUUUCCCCGCUUCCGGGCCGGGGGCGGAGAGGAAGCCGGAGAAGAUGAUCCUUUGGAACAAGGACCAAUAGAAGAUCAUAUACUGCCAGCCUCUGGUCCUGAGGAGCAAGUAGUGCUCGAACAGUGGCUUCGUGGUGAUGGAUUGCACAGUCUUGACGCAUUCAUCCGCCAGUAUGGUGUUGACCGGGGAAAUUGGGAUCUCGAGAUUGACUACUCGCCACUACAUGAGUAUGCAGACGCUUUGAAUGCGAUUGAGCCAAACUCUGCCCGACAAAGGUUGCUGGACGGUCCGAUCCGGGAAGCUCUUGGCUCAAUGGUCGUAGGCUUGCUGCAGGAAGAGUUGGAGUUUCUGCGGGCGGGCGGCGAUGAGUGA